AUGACAGGAACAGGACAGAGGCAUCACAGAGACAGAACAGGGACAGGACAGAGGCAUCACAGGGACAGGACAGAGGCAUCACAGAGACAGGACAGAGGCAUCACAGGGACAGGACAGAGGCAUCACAGAGACAGGACAGAGGCAUCACAGAGACAGGACAGAGGCAUCACAGGGACAGGACAGAGGCAUCACAGAGACAGGACAGAGGCAUCACAGAGACAGGACAGAGGCAUCACAGGGACAGGACAGAGGCAUCACAGGGACAGGACAGAGGCAUCACAGAGACAGGACAGAGGCAUCACAGGGACAGGACAGAGGUAUCACAGGGACAGGACAGAGGCAUCACAGGGACAGGACAGAGGCAUCACAGGGACAUGA